UCUCGAACGGUUCUCGCCAAAAUUCGACGUCGCUCGCGAGUUCGCUCCACAGUCCGGAAAAUGUGGAUAUACGAAAAGUAGCGAAAAUAUUGAAAAUCGUCGGGGGGAAACCAGAGCCCAGAACCAAGCGAAGGUGGCUGGAUCCAACGAAUUCUGAAACAGCCUCAAGAGAUCGUCGCGCAAAACAAACCAAACCAAACUCCGUCUUCUCGUCGCGUUCUGUACUCCCAUCUCCCAUCGUGUGUGUCCCAUGUUCCGUGUUUUCGAGUGAGCGUCUGCUGGAAGGCCCAAGAAAUAAUAAUAUUCCGGCCUCGGCCGAUUGUGAUUGAGUUGGGACCCUCGCAGCCCGCAGAUUAACCGCCUGGAGUGGCCCAGUAGAAAUGUUUUCAGUGCAGUGCGCCCAGUGAAAAGCCUGGAGUAGUGCCCGCCGAGGAACCUCUUCUCUUCCUGCUCCCCCGCGGAGUCCUCUCUCCUCUUCUUCUUCUGUCCGGUUGGCCGCCCGGCCAAGAGCCCCCAAAGCCGCCAAGAUUAAGUUCUCAAAGCAGCACGCCCACCACGCGUACCGCCACACGGACAACAUCUACGACGGCGGCACGGACACGGACGACGACGAAUGUCCGCUGGAGGCGACCGCCAUGAAUCCCUACGAGUAUGAGUCGACGCUCGACUGCCGCGACGCGGGCGGCGGCCCCGCCCACGCCCACGCCCAGCCCCACGCCCACGCCCUCGCCCAAGGACGCACGCUGCCCAUGAGCGGCCACGGGCGGCCGGCGGCGGACCUGGCCCACGGCAGCCAGACGCUGCAGCACCAGAACCAGCAGAACCUGCAGGCCGCCCAGUCGUCCCACUACGACUACGAGUACCAGCACCUGGCCCACCGACCGCCGGACGCGGCCAGCAACACGGCGCAGCGGACACACGGCAGACAAGGCUUCCUCCUGGAAGGAGUCACGCCAACGGCACCCCCGGAUGUUCCGCCGCGUAAUCCGACAAUGAGUCGCAUGCAAAAUGGUCGUUUAACCGUUAACAAUCCCAAUGACGUUGACUUUGAGCCAUCUUGUUUGGUGCGAACGCCGUCGGGCAACGUUUACAUUCCUAGUGGAAAUCUAAACAUCAACAAGGGCUCUCCCAUCGACUUCAAGAGCGGCUCGGCCUGCUCCACACCCACGAAGGACACGCUGAAGGGCUACGAGCGGAGCACGCAGGGCUGCAUGGGUCCCGUGCUGCCGCCGCGCAGCGUCAUGAACGGCCUGCCCGCGCACCACUACUCGGCGCCGAUGAACUUCCGCAAGGACCUGGCCGCGCGCUGCUCCUCGCCCUGGGUGAGCGUCGCGGCCAUCGCGGCGCUCCUCUUGGGCGUGCUGCUGCUGAUCCUGCUGACCACCUUCGGCGGCCUGCACUGGACCCAGUCGGCGCCCUGCUCCGUUCUAGUCGGCAACGAGGCCUCCGAGGUCACGGCUGCCAAGAGCACGAACACGGACCUCUCCAAGCUGCACAACUCCUCGGUGCGCGCGAAGAACGGACAAGGCAUCGGACUGGCACAGGGACAAUCGGGACUCGGAGUCGGGGGCGCGGGCGUGGGAGCCUCCGGCGGAUCCUCGGCGGCCACCGUGACGACCGCCACCUCGAACAGCGGCACCGCCCAGGGACUGCAGUCGACGUCCGCCUCCGCGGAGGCCACGUCCUCGGCGGCCACGUCUUCCUCCCAGUCCUCGCUGACGCCCUCGCUGUCCUCGUCCCUGGCGAAUGCCAAUAAUGGAGGAAGAGCAAUGUCAACGCAGCUGUUAGUCAGUGGGGCAGGGGAAAAAGGACGACGCCAUCGACGAGGCUUAAUCGAGGGACAGGACGAAGAUGAUGCGGCUACAGAUGAAACUUUCAGCGACUUAAUUACAAGCGAAAGCCUCAACCGGCAGCCUGCUGAAAAGUAUUUGGCAACUACCCCAGCAGAAAGCCUGUCAGGCAGUACCGACAAAACUUUUCCCCGAAUCGAAGGAGUAUCGGGUGCCCAAAGGAGCGAGGAAGAUACGGAGACCACGGAGGACGACUAUGUCUAUGAAGACGAAGUCGAGCCGGAGACCACCCGACCGCCCAGCCGCACACCCAAGACGGGGCAACAAUUUGGCAAAUCAUUAAACAGCAAUUUACGCAGCGCUGCUAAAACACUGGUCAACAAGCGGAGGAAAUAUGACCACGGAGCGGAGGGGGAGGAGCACAUUAAGGAGGAUGAGCUGGAGCAUCCCGAAGCGAUUGGGAUGGCAACGGACCUGGCGACGGGGUCGCAGACUAGCACAUCGGCUGCUGUUAUUGAUGACGAUAAUCAAAGUGACAACAGCAGCUCAGGCCCAACGAGGGAGACGACUCCGAGGAGUGACACCGAUGACAUUGUUGAAAUCAACACCCCCCCACCAGAGCCAGCUCACAGCUCUUUCUCCGCCGUAUCGCACCAGCCUGCCACUGAAAAUGAUUUUCAAAUCAAAGGUACUGAGGAGGCAGGGCGGCAGACGGAGAAACCUGCCACUGAUGAUAUCAAUAAUGAGCGUGAUUUAGCUGACAACUAUGAGGUAGACACCGGGGAGCCGACAUCAACAGCCACACCUCCACAAGGUAAGAAAAGUCAGCAAAUCAGCGAGGACUUACCGCAAACCAAUCAAUCGGACUCGGAUUUAAUGAUGAGCGAUGCGUCGCAAUUCGAGGACAUCGACAUAGUCAAACUAGAUGGGUUGCCCAGUUCCCAUGAAGAAGAAGUUUACAAGACGGCAGUCAAGGACAAGAUAGCACCCAAGGUGGAACCACCUCAGCCCGCGGACAAAAGUGAGAACGAAGUGCUCAAGGAGCAGCAAAAGGACGACGAGGGACCCCCUCACCUAGAGCCCCUGAAGCCCUACGUGAGUGAGCGCGUUGAUGUGCCGGGAAGGCGGAUAUUCCUGAACCUGACAAUAGCCACCGACGAGGGCAGCGACUCCGUCUACACACUGCACGUGGAAGUGCCCACGGGCGGAGGGCCGCACACCAUCAAGGAGGUGCUGACCCACGAGAAGCCGAGUGCCCAGCCAGACAGCUGUGUCCCAGAGCCACCACCCCGCAUGCCCGACUGUCCUUGCAGCUGUCUCCCGCCUCCGGCGGCUAUCUACCUGGCCGACAGCGUUGACAUUGACUCUGAACCACCGGCCACGACUACCAAAAGUGCCCCGACCACGACCUCUGGGCCUUUGGAGAUGGCGACUAUCUUGAGUCAUGUCCCCAGCGAGGAGGAAGAAGACGGGGUUAGGGACUCGGAGCCAAGCACCGCUACUAACCUCACUAGCACUGAGAUCGAUAACAACAUUGCCGCCUCCUAUACUGAACCCUCUGUUGGUGCUGGUGGGGAACCGUUUGCAUGCCCUGAUGUGAUGCCAGUACUUAUACUGGAAGGAGCUCGAACAUUCCCGGCACGCAGCUUCCCACCGGACGGCACCACCUUCGGACAGAUCACCCUCGGCCAGAAGUUGACCAAGGAGAUCCAGCCGUACAGCUACUGGAACAUGCAGUUCUACCAGUCGGAGCCGGCCUACGUCAAGUUUGACUACACGAUCCCGCGAGGCGCUUCCAUCGGAGUCUACGGCCGGCGGAACGCCCUGCCCACCCACACGCAGUACCACUUCAAGGAAGUGCUCAGCGGAUUCAGCGCCAGCACACGAACGGCCCGGGCCGCUCACCUGUCGAUAACCCGGGAGGUGACGCGCUACAUGGAACCGGGGCACUGGUUCGUAUCGCUCUACAACGACGACGGGGACGUGCAGGAGCUGACCUUCUACGCGGCCGUGGCCGAGGAAAUGACCCAAAACUGCCCCAACGGCUGCUCCGGCAACGGACAGUGCCUGCUGGGGCACUGCCAGUGCAACCCAGGCUUCGGGGGCGACGACUGCAGCGAGAGCGUGUGCCCCGUGCUGUGCUCCCAGCACGGCGAAUACACCAACGGGGAGUGCAUCUGCAACCCGGGAUGGAAGGGCAAGGAGUGCUCCUUGCGGCACGACGAGUGCGAGGUGGCCGACUGCAAUGGCCAUGGCCACUGCGUCAGCGGAAAGUGCCAGUGCAUGCGCGGCUACAAGGGCAAAUUCUGUGAAGAAGUGGACUGUCCGCAUCCGAACUGCUCGGGCCACGGAUUCUGCGCCGACGGCACCUGCAUCUGCAAGAAGGGCUGGAAGGGACCGGACUGCGCCACCAUGGAUCAGGACGCGCUGCAGUGCCUGCCCGACUGCUCCGGCCACGGCACCUUCGACCUGGACACCCAGACGUGUACCUGCGAGGCCAAGUGGAGCGGCGACGACUGUUCCAAGGAGCUGUGCGACCUGGACUGCGGCCAGCAUGGUCGCUGCGAGGGCGACGCCUGUGCCUGUGACCCGGAGUGGGGAGGCGAGUAUUGCAACACGCGGCUGUGCGACGCCCGCUGCAACGAGCACGGCCAGUGCAAGAACGGCACCUGCCUGUGCGUCACCGGCUGGAACGGGAAGCACUGCACCAUCGAGGGCUGUCCCAACAGCUGCGCCGGACACGGCCAGUGCCGCGUCAGCGGCGAGGGCCAGUGGGAGUGCCGCUGCUACGAGGGCUGGGACGGACCGGACUGCGGCAUCGCUCUGGAGCUCAACUGCGGCGACAGUAAGGACAACGACAAGGAUGGCCUGGUUGAUUGCGAGGAUCCCGAGUGCUGCGCCAGCCACGUGUGCAAGACCUCCCAGCUCUGCGUUUCCGCUCCGAAACCCAUUGACGUGCUGCUGCGGAAACAGCCGCCGGCCAUAACUGCCUCUUUCUUUGAGCGCAUGAAGUUCCUCAUCGACGAGAGCAGCCUGCAAAACUACGCGAAACUGGAGACCUUUAACGAAAGCAUUUUUUGGAAUUAUUUCAAUGCAAGUCGAUCGGCGGUGAUCAGAGGCCGCGUGGUCACAUCCCUGGGCAUGGGCCUGGUGGGUGUCCGCGUGUCCACCACCACUCUGCUGGAGGGCUUCACCCUGACCCGCGACGAUGGAUGGUUCGACCUGAUGGUCAAUGGCGGCGGCGCCGUGACCCUGCAGUUCGGACGAGCUCCUUUCCGGCCGCAGUCGCGCAUCGUGCAAGUGCCGUGGAACGAGGUGGUCAUAAUCGACGUGGUGGUCAUGUCCAUGUCCGAGGAGAAGGGACUGGCCGUGGCAACGACUCACACCUGCUUUGCCCACGACUACGAUCUGAUGAAGCCCGUGGUGCUGGCCUCAUGGAAGCACGGCUUCCAGGGCGCAUGCCCCGAUCGCAGUGCCAUCCUGGCUGAGUCUCAGGUGAUCCAAGAGUCGUUGCAGAUCCCGGGCACGGGCCUCAACCUGGUUUACCACUCGUCGCGUGCCGCCGGCUACCUAUCCACCAUCAAGCUGCAACUGACCCCCGACGUUAUUCCACCCUCACUGCACCUAAUCCACCUGCGCAUCACGAUCGAGGGGAUCCUGUUCGAACGCGUUUUCGAGGCGGACCCGGGCAUCAAGUUCACGUACGCCUGGAACAGACUCAACAUCUACCGGCAACGCGUCUACGGCGUGACCACGGCCGUGGUGAAGGUCGGCUACCAGUACACCGACUGCACCGACAUUGUGUGGGACAUCCAGACGACCAAGCUGAGCGGCCACGACAUGUCCAUUUCGGAGGUGGGCGGCUGGAACCUGGACAUCCACCACCGCUACAACUUCCACGAGGGCAUCCUGCAGAAGGGCGACGGCUCGAACAUAUACCUGCGCAACAAGCCGCGCAUAAUCCUGACCACCAUGGGAGAUGGCCACCAGCGGCCACUCGAGUGCCCCGACUGUGACGGACUGGCCACGAAGCAGCGACUCCUGGCGCCCGUCGCCCUGGCCGCCGCUCCCGACGGCAGUCUCUUUGUCGGCGACUUCAAUUAUAUCCGUCGCAUCAUGACGGACGGCAGCAUCCGCACUGUGGUCAAGCUGAACGCCACCCGCGUCUCGUACCGCUACCACAUGGCCCUCAGUCCGCUAGACGGCACUCUGUACGUCUCGGACCCUGAGUCGCAUCAGAUCAUUAGGGUGCGCGACACCAGCGACUACUCGCAGCCGGAACUCAAUUGGGAGGCGGUCGUGGGCUCCGGAGAGCGCUGUCUUCCCGGCGACGAAGCCCACUGCGGCGACGGAGCCCUGGCCAAGGACGCCAAGCUGGCGUAUCCGAAGGGAAUAGCUAUUUCGAGCGACAACAUCCUGUACUUCGCCGACGGAACCAAUAUCCGCAUGGUCGACCGGGACGGAAUCGUGAGCACUCUGAUUGGUAACCACAUGCACAAGUCCCACUGGAAGCCCAUUCCCUGCGAGGGAACCCUCAAGCUGGAGGAGAUGCAUCUGCGCUGGCCCACUGAGCUGGCCGUGUCUCCGAUGGACAACACGUUGCACAUCAUCGACGACCACAUGAUCCUUCGCAUGACACCGGACGGACGGGUGCGCGUCAUCUCCGGAAGACCCCUGCACUGCGCCACAGCCUCAACCGCCUACGACACGGACCUGGCCACCCACGCCACCCUGGUGAUGCCACAGUCGAUCGCAUUCGGUCCCCUGGGAGAGCUGUACGUUGCGGAGAGCGACUCGCAGCGAAUCAACCGGGUGCGAGUGAUCGGCACUGACGGACGCAUCGCUUCGUUUGCGGGCGCUGAGUCCAAGUGCAACUGCCUGGAGCGCGGUUGCGACUGCUUUGAGGCGGAGCACUACCUGGCCACCAGCGCCAAGUUCAACACGAUCGCCGCCCUGGCCGUCACUCCCGACAGUCAUGUGCACAUUGCCGACCAGGCCAACUACCGCAUCCGCUCGGUGAUGUCCAGCAUCCCGGAGGCAAGUCCCUCGCGAGAGUACGAGAUCUACGCGCCGGACAUGCAGGAGAUCUACAUCUUCAACCGCUUCGGCCAGCACGUGUCCACUCGGAACAUCCUGACAGGAGAGACGACCUAUGUGUUUACCUACAACGUAAACACCUCCAAUGGAAAGUUGAGCACCGUGACCGAUGCCGCCGGCAACAAGGUGUUCCUGCUGCGAGAUUACACCUCGCAGGUCAACUCGAUCGAGAACACCAAGGGUCAGAAGUGCCGCCUGCGCAUGACCCGGAUGAAGAUGCUGCACGAGCUGAGCACUCCGGACAACUACAAUGUGACCUACGAGUAUCACGGCCCCACCGGCCUGCUGAGGACCAAGCUGGACUCGACCGGACGCUCCUACGUGUACAACUACGAUGAAUUCGGUCGCCUGACCUCGGCCGUUACGCCCACCGGACGGGUCAUCGAACUGAGCUUCGACCUGAGCGUCAAGGGAGCCCAGGUGAAGGUGUCGGAGAACGCGCAGAAGGAAAUGUCGCUGCUGAUACAAGGCGCCACCGUUAUCGUGCGCAACGGAGCCGCCGAGUCGCGCACCACCGUCGACAUGGACGGCUCCACCACAAGCAUCACACCAUGGCACAACCUGCAAAUGGAGGUGGCGCCCUAUACAAUUCUGGCCGAGCAAAGUCCUCUCCUGGGUGAGAGCUACCCUGUGCCGGCCAAGCAGCGCACCGAGAUCGCCGGCGACCUGGCCAACCGGUUCGAGUGGCGCUACUUUGUGCGCCGCCAGCAGCCACUGCAAGCGGGCAAGCAGAGCAAGGGUCCACCGCGUCCCGUGACCGAGGUCGGUCGCAAGCUGCGUGUCAACGGCGACAAUGUGCUGACCCUGGAGUACGACCGCGAGACCCAGUCCGUGGUCGUGAUGGUGGACGACAAGCAGGAGCUGCUCAAUGUGACCUACGACCGCACGUCGCGCCCUAUCAGCUUCCGACCGCUCGGGGACUACGCGGACGUGGACUUGGAGUACGACCGAUUCGGACGCCUGGUCAGCUGGAAAUGGGGAGUCCUGCAGGAGGCCUACUCCUUCGACCGCAACGGACGCCUGAACGAGAUCAAGUACGGCGAUGGGUCGACCAUGGUGUACGCAUUCAAGGACAUGUUUGGCUCUCUGCCACUGAAGGUGACCACUCCCAGGCGUUCAGACUACCUCCUGCAGUACGACGAUGCUGCCCUUCAGAGCCUCACCACACCUCGCGGCCACAUUCACGCAUUCUCGCUGCAAACCUCGCUCGGCUUCUUCAAGUACCAAUACUAUUCACCAAUCAACCGACAUCCCUUCGAGAUUCUGUACAACGACGAGGGUCAGAUCUUGGCCAAGAUCCAUCCGCACCAAUCUGGCAAGGUGGCAUUCGUGCACGACACCGCCGGGCGACUGGAGACCAUCCUCGCCGGCCUGUCCAGCACCCACUACACCUACCAGGACACGACCAGCCUGGUAAAGUCCGUGGAGGUGCAGGAGCCAGGCUUCGAGUUGCGACGCGAGUUUAAGUACCAUGCCGGCAUCCUGAAGGACGAAAAACUGCGCUUCGGCUCCAAGAACUCCCUGGCCUCGGCUCACUACAAGUACGCCUACGACGGAAACGCCCGGCUCAGCGGCAUCGAGAUGGCCAUCGACGACAAGGAGCUACCGACCACGCGAUACAAGUACAGUCAGAACCUAGGCCAGCUGGAGGUCGUGCAGGACCUAAAAAUCACGCGCAACGCCUUCAACCGGACGGUGAUCCAGGACUCGGCCAAGCAGUUCUUCACCAUUGUGGACUACGACCAGCACGGCCGGGUGAAGAGCGUGCUGAUGAACGUGAAGAACGUCGAUGUCUUCCGGCUGGAGCUGGACUACGAUCUGCGCAACCGCAUUAAGUCCCAGAAGACGACAUUCGGCAGGUCCACGGCCUUCGAUAAGAUUACCUACAAUGCCGGGCAUGUGGUCGACGUCCAGGGCACCAACAACUGGAAGUAUCUCUUCGACGAGAACGGCAACACCGUGGGCGUGGUGGCAGGGGAGAAGUUCAACCUGGGCUACGACAUCGGGGACCGUGUGAUCAAGGUGGGCGAUGUUGAGUUCAACAACUACGAUGCGCGCGGCUUUGUGGUGAAGCGCGGGGAGCAGAAGUAUCGCUACAACAACCGCGGACAACUGAUCCACUCGUUCGAGAGGGAGCGCUUCCAGAGCUGGUACUACUACGAUGACCGCAGCCGCCUGGUGGCCUGGCACGACAACAAGGGCAACACCACGCAGUACUACUACGCCAAUCCGCGCACCCCGCACCUCGUGACCCACGUGCACUUCCCCAAGCUCAGCCGCACCAUGAAGCUGUUCUACGACGACCGCGACAUGCUCAUCGCUCUGGAGCAUGAGGAGCAGCGCUACUACGUGGACGACCAGAACGGCUCGCCACUGGCCUUCUUCGAUCAGAAUGGCGGCAUCGUCAAGGAGAAACGGACGCCCUUCGGCCGGAUCAUAAAGGACACCAAGCCGGACUUCUUUGUGCCCAUCGACUUCCACGGCGGACUGAUCGACCCGCACACCAAGCUGGUGUACACUGAGCAGCGGCAGUGACCCCACGUGGGCCAGUGGAUGACCCCGCUAUGGGAGACCCUGGCCACCGAGAUGUCACACCCCACGGAUGUCUUCAUCUACCGCUACCACAACAACGACCCCAUCAACCCGAACCGACCGCAGAACUACAUGAUCGACCUGGACUCCUGGCUGCAGCUCUUCGGCUAUGAUCUGAACAACAUGCAGAGCAGCCGGUACACCAAGCUGGCCCAGUACACGCCUCAGGCCUCCAUCAAGUCGAACAUGCUGGCUCCCGAUUUCGGUGUGAUCUCCGGCCUGGAGUGCAUCGUCGAAAAGACCAGCGAGAAGUUCAGCGACUUUGACUUCGUGCCCAAGCCGCUGCUUAAGAUGGAGCCAAAGAUGCGAAACCUGCUGCCACGGGUCAGCUACCGGCGUGGCGUUUUCGGAGAGGGCGUGCUGCUCUCGAGGAUCGGGGGACGAGCAUUGGUCAGCGUAGUGGACGGAUCGAACAGCGUGGUGCAGGACGUGGUGAGCAGUGUGUUCAACAACUCGUACUUCCUGGACCUGCACUUCAGCAUUCACGACCAAGACGUGUUUUACUUCGUGAAGGACAAUGUCCUGAAGCUGCGUGAUGACAACGAGGAGCUGCGUCGCCUUGGCGGCAUGUUCAACAUAUCAACACACGAAAUUAGCGACCAUGGAGGCAGCGCUGCCAAGGAGCUGCGCCUGCACGGCCCCGACGCCGUUGUCAUUAUCAAGUACGGCGUGGAUCCCGAGCAGGAGCGCCACCGCAUCCUGAAGCAUGCCCACAAGCGGGCAGUGGAGCGGGCCUGGGAGCUGGAGAAGCAGCUGGUGGCCGCCGGCUUCCAAGGUGGCGACUGGACCGAAGAGGAGAAGGAAGAGCUCGUCCAGCACGGCGACGUCGACGGCUGGAACGGCAUCGACAUCCACAGCAUACACAAGUAUCCGCAAUUGGCCGACGACCCCGGCAACGUAGCAUUCCAGCGGGACGCAAAGCGGAAGCGACGCAAGACCGGCAGCAGCCACCGGAGUGCCUCCAACCGGCGCCAGCUCAAGUUCGGCGAGCUGAGUGCGUGAGUAGAGGCUCACAGGGAGAAGCAGGAGGCGGAGACGGACUGGAGCGAGCUGGAGGAGAGCAACAUGGCCGACGAAGAGUACGGCGAACAGGAGGACUACCUAAUUGCCGUGGGCAAGAAGGAGCCGAGGGACAGCAGCGAGGCACUGGACGAGCAGAUUUGUAAUUAGGUGAAAUGCGCAACAGCGACCACAAGAUGAACAACAGCACAACCUCGAUGACACAACACAAAAGGAAAGAAAACAAAAGAAAAGCGAGCAUUCAACACACUAAUUAAUAUAAACUUUAAUCGUGCUUAAAGUUUAGUAUUAGCCACAACGCAACCCUCGAAUAACCGAAGAAACUUCUUAUAUGUACACAGGAACAGUAAUAUGUAUGUUGAUGUUGAGUUUAGGCUAACAAUAGGCGUAUGUUUAGUCCAUGUGUGUAAUGUUUAAUGUAAUUUUUUAAAUCAGAAUCAGUGUCCCCACGGGCAGCCAGCUUACACUGGCGUAAUACGCUAGGGAGCGUAUUACAUGCAUAGAUUGGUACAUUAGCCGAGGCAGAUCGAAUUAGACUUGUAUAGAUCGAGCCAACUGAACAGAUCCGAACAGAUUCGCUUUCUCGGAGUUUGGUCAAACGCUCCCCAAUAAGCCAGUUGCAUUACGAUGUCAAACGAUGAGUAUUACACAGCAAAAUAUGCAUACGAUAAGUACAGAUGUUAAACUACGAAACGAAUAAAUGUAAAAAGAUUAAAGUUCUCUGUAGUAGCCCCCUAGUCCUCGGCCCGAAUCUGGCCCACUCCAACACAGCCCACUCUCGUAUGGCAACAGAGAUGUUGAUCGCCGCUUAACCUUCUUAAUUGCUUUGUGUAUAUACGAACGAAUACUUUUCUAUCCUUUAGCCAACGAACAACGCGUGUUUAUCCCCUAAUCUAAAAGUCUUUUUAGCGAAAUAGGUAUCUGAACCGAAUGCUCGAAUUUAAAUUUAUCAGACGCGUCUACCUUUUUUGGAUAGCCAAGAAUCAAAAGGAAUUUUAUCAGUCCCUCUUCAAUGCAAUAGAAUACUCUACCGACUCUUUUCACUCAUUUUAUAAUGUUAACUGUUGAAUUUAUUCAAACGAAAAAUGCAUUAAAAACUUUUUACAAAUUGUGAUAUAUAUUUCUAAACAUUUCAUUUGACAACUUGAAGUGUAACGAACAAAAAACGAAUUAACUCAAAUUGAACCGAAAAUGAAAUUCAACCACAUGUAUUUUACUCAUUUUUAAAUAUAGUCUUUUAUGGUUAGUUUUUAUGCUGCAAUAUUUAGUUCUUACCGUUUGCCAUGUUAAUUUGUAAAAGCAAUACAGUUUUUAGUAACGAACCCCCACGGGAAUGUCACAUAAGUUUUAGUGUCUUUUUAUUCUU